AUGGUGGCGUGGCAUGCCCUACUGCUCCUGGUAGUCAGCGCUUCAGCUCUCACGACACCGCCCGGGCCGCACCGCGCGGUGGCCAGGACCUCGGUGCGGCGGAGAGCGACCGCGAGUGCCGCCAGUGACGCGCCGCAGUCGCUCCGAGCGGCCGUCGAAGAGGCGAAGAGCGUCAAGCGAAAAGAUCGAGAGGCCCAGGCCAUCGACCGCGCCGUCGCGCGCGUCACGCGGGACAUGGACCGCGUCGACUUCAGCAGCGACCGGCGAGGCGCGCUCGAAAGGAGAGAGAAGGUCGCGCUGGGCGCGGCGACGGCCGUCGCGGCCGGCGCGACGCUCACGGCGGCGGCGCCGGCCGCGGCGGUCGCGGCCGGCGCCGCGGCCACGGCGGCGAUCGGCGGCUACAAGGAGUGGGGCGCGCUGCGCGCCGCGGCGAACGCGCACGAGGUCUCAGCUGUCGCCGUGCGCGCCGCGGCCGAGGCCGAGGAGAUCCUGGCCGGCGCCGAGCGCGUCAAGUCGGUGCUGCCCGUAUGUGUCGUACUGGGAGCGACGGCGACAGCUCUCAGCUCGUCGGCGCCCGCUCUACUAGAACUCGUCGAGCCCGCGACGGCCGUCGAGCAGAUCCCCGAGUAUUACGACGAAGCGCCACGCUGGGCGCCGCUCGUGAAAUACAACACGCCGACGAUGGAGGUGCCGGCGACGCAGCCGUUGUUCGUCGAUCGAUCCGCGGCCGUGCGGAGUCGCACACUUGUCUCAUUGGUCUGCCCCGCGGUGUCCAUCCUGGCGGCGUCUGUUGCGGUGGUGGCGGAGCAGGAUUCGCGGAGGCGGUGCGACAAGGCGCAAGCGCUCGGGAGGAGGCGCUUUGCUACGAGUGAAAACGUGGGCUACACCUGGCGCUCCGUCGUGGAGCUGUCCCAGGACGAGGCGAAGGCGGACACCGCGCUCUGGGUCGGGUUCGCCCGGUCCAUAUUACCGGCGCCCUUCGCGGCGGCGUUCAUGACGUAUUCAGGCAGCUUUGCUUUAGCUGCCCCAGUGGCCUCCGCCGUGGCCGCGGCGCAGGCCGCCUACUACCUGACGGCGGCGGAGUACGGCAUCGCGCGGGCAACCGAGUCCGUGGCCGCCAAGGGCCGCACGGCGGCGGUGGCCGACGCGUACUCGAAGCAGGCGCGCAAGGCCUGCGCGCGCGUGCCGCUCGCGUCGGCGACGGCGGCCCUCGCCUGUGCGACGUGCGCCUUGGUCGUGGAAGUGGCGCCCAAAAUUCUAGGGUUCGGCUUCGCGUUGGUCGCAGCGGCGCUGGUGCGCGACGCGGCGAAGUUCCGGGCGCGGACGCGCGGCGACGCGGCGGCGGCGGCCGCCGCAGCGGAUCAGCUCGCCGGCCUGGACGACGGCGCCGACGACGACCCGCUGCUGCCGCUCGCGCUCACGUGGCGGAACUUUAAGGCGACCUUGACGGCGUCGCUCGAGGCGAUUGCUUUUGGGUUUCGGUGGCGGCGGUAA